UUAAGGGCUGACAUUUUUCUUGCCCUACCACUUGUAGCAUAUCAGGCUAUGCACAGGAGAAAUUAGAGGACUGGAAAUCAGGAGGCAUCUAGGACCCAGAAGCUGAGACUCUCUCCAAGCUCCUGGCUGCCUCUCACCCUUCACUGCAGUGGAUCUGUGCAUCAGUUACAGUGGAAGAGAAGCAGGAGGUAUCCAGUAUGCUGGAAAUCUACACAGGGAAGCGCUGUGCUCCGAGCAUAUCUGUUGAACUGGAGUGCAAGGGGAUAUUUCCAGGACUGAAGCCUGGACCUUCUUGAAAGCAAAAUGACCUGUCAGCAGUUGUCUGCUUCAGAGCAACUCAAGUGGGUUACAACAUAAUUUCCUACGGCCACCAUAUUUUGCAUCAACUACAGCUUCUGGAUGAAAUGCAGUUACAUUACAGUAAUCUACAUGUGAGGUGCGAACAUUUGCCUCAGAAACAGCAUGUUGCAAGAUGCAGUAAAGCCUUAUACAGUUAGCAAGGAAGGGACUGUUCUUCAUAACCAGGCCAGGUCCAAUGGACUUUCUACAUUACUUUGCUAUUAUAGCCUAUGACAUACAAUCAAGAUGAAACAGAUCUGCUGAAUUAAGCAUGGCCCCUGAUUGUAAUGGCUCACAGAACUGAGUGGUACUGGAAGGUAUAAGUACCCCAAAGACCUGCUGGACUUGAAUGUUGGCAAAAAAUAUGGCCAGUGGCUGCUUGUGCACCACCAUCUCUCUUGAUUCUCUCUGAUUACUUUCUGGGGACCCAGAAUAGGAUGGGUGAUGGACUUGUAAAGGGAGGUGCUAAUCUCCAUGGAGCCUUCUCUUCCCACCCCGUGGGUGUGGAAUCCCGCCAGGAUCAGAAGACUGCUUCAGACAUCCCAAAGUUCUAUGCUUCUCAAUUCUAGCCUAGACACCAAGCCCAGAGAUGUGGCCUCUGAGUCUGUGGGUCUCUUCUUCAUGCUUUUGAUUGAUUUGACAGCCAUUGUGGGCAAUGUAGCAAUUAUGACGGUCAUUAUCAAAACCCCAGCACUGAGGAAGUUUGUCUUUGUGUUCCACCUCUGCUUGGUGGAUCUUUUGGCUGCUAUUACCCUAAUGCCUCUAGCCAUGCUGUCCAGCUCAACUUUCUUUGAUGGCACAGUCUUUGAGGAUGCCAUAUGUCAUACCUAUCUCUUCCUGAGUGUUUGCUUCAUCACCAUGUGCAUCCUUUCAAUCUCAGCUAUUAAUGUAGAGCGCUACUACUAUGUGGUGCACCCCAUGCGCUAUGAGGUCAAAAUGACUGUAAGCCUGGUGGUCUGUGUCCUGGUUGGUGUCUGGAUCAAGGCAGUAGUUAUGUCCAUCAUCCCCAUCUUGGGAUGGCUUUCCCAAGACCAUAUGAGUAGAUCCCCAGCCUACAAUGGACAGACCUGCACCUUGCAGUGGAGCCGAAGUGCCUACUGCAAGUUUUUUGUGAUUUUCUUUGCUGUUUUCUACUUCCUCUUGCCUGUCUCCAUUAUUUUGGUGGUCUACUGCAGUAUGUUCAAAGUGGCCAGAGUAGCUGCCAUGCACCAUGGUCCACUCCCUACUUGGAUGGAUACCCCACGGCAGCGGUCAGAAUCCCUUAGCAGUAGGUCCACAAUGGUGACUAGCUCAGGAGCCCCUCGAACUACCCCUCAGAGGACGUUUGGGGGUGGAAAGGCUGUCAUCAUUCUCCUAGCAGUGGGGGGACAAUUCCUCUUCUGUUGGCUGCCAUAUUUCUCCUUCCAUCUCUACUCGGUUCUGAGCUCCCAUUUCCCUGGCCAGCAGACAGAGAAUGUGGUCACUUGGAUUGGCUAUUUUUGUUUCACAUCCAAUCCUUUCUUCUAUGGGUGCCUCAACCGGCAGAUCCGAGGAGAACUCAGCAAGCACCUCACCUGUUUCUUCAAGCAACCGCCGGAGGAGGACCUCAGGUUACCAAGCAGAGAAGGCUCCAUCGAGGAGAACUUCUUGCAAUUCCUGCAAGGGACAGGUUGCCCUGCCGAGGCCAGAAAUGCUCUUACCCAGCCUAGCCCUAAAAGGGACCAAGCUACCAUUGAUUUCCGGAUCCCAGGGCAAAUUGCAGAAGAGACCUCAGAGUUCCUGGAGCAGCACAUGAACAGCGAUAUCACUGUCUCUGAUAACUACAUCAGAGCAGCACGUUCACCGAAGCCUGAGCUGUAGCUAGGGGGUUUUUUUGCACUUGACAAUCUAGAUUUAUUGAUGUGUGAAAUAAUGCAGAAUAUAGCAGCUGAUGAAGAAUGUGUACGUUUGUAUAUGGGGGAGUAUUUAAUAAAUACGCCAUGGCAAUUGGAAA